GCAUGGUUGAUGUUUUCGGCGGAAGACUCAAUCUAAUCUGGAAUUUGUUGAACAUAUUUGUCUGUUAGGACAAAGUAAUUGUUACGUGUUGUAGCCAAUCCGUUGAUUUUCUUGCGUGACUUCAUAUAUUAUAUGAUGGAUGACACGACUGUAGAUGAAUGGAUGAAUUUCUUCCGGGAUGCAGGCAUUCCACCAAAUGUAUCAGCCUCAUAUGCAUCUAGCUUCUGUCAAAACAGAAUCCAUUUAAAUAUGGUUCUUGAGUUAAAUAGGGAUCUUUUGAAGGAAUUGGGAGUUAAUCUAAUUGGUGAUGCCAUUGCAAUAUUAAGACAUGCCAAAUCUUUCCAUGAACAGAAUGUUCGUCAGAAGAUACUUGACAUAAUGUCAUCAGAAUGUCAAAAAGAACAUAAAAAACCUGAAGAAUGUAGUAAGAAAGUAGUAUCUACUACAGAUGUGGCUUCAACAAAUAAUAGGUGGUUUGAUGGAGGUAAUUACAUAUGCAGAAGAAAUCAGGGUGUAAAGAGGCCAAUGCAGCAGAGUCCUGUCUCUACAAUAGUUUCUACAUCUCAGCAACCUGCAGGUAGAUUACCAUGUGAAACAGAAAAUACUCACCCAGCUGCUUGUCAGUCAAUACAUAGGAUAGAACGCAAUACUUUUGAGGAUACACCAGAUGGAAUCCUUGCCACAACAAACAUGAAGAGGAAGAGAACUUUAUCGUGUUGUGGACCUAUUGAGAAAGAACAAUUUGAUCCAAAUGUUUGUAUGCAGUCAGUAUGCACUAGGGCUGCCAAUCAAUCUGUCUAUGACUCUCAAAGUACUGCAGAAAGAGUUCAGUCAGAGGGGUUACAGGUUCGAGAGUCUUCUCAAUUAGAUAUUAGUUUACCAAGGCAGGAUGUUAAAAAUGAAAUGAUAGAAACUGAAGACCCUGUAGAAAACCAUUCAAGUUUUUACCCAAGAUGUCAGCUGCCUUUACAGCGGAGGCAGGAAGAAUCACCAACACAGACAUGUACUCAAGAUCAAUCUCAGGAGAGAAUGCAGGGGUUCCAGUCACUACCAAACAAACAAUCACAAUCUCAAACUAUGUCAGUGUCACAGUUUCCAUCUCAUGUGGCAUCAUCUUCACAGUCAUCAUUUUUAAGAAGGCCAAAUUCUCAUAUGCAGUAUCAACCUGCAUUAAAGUUACAUCAUGAAUCCCAGUCAUCAUUGUGUCUUCAGCCAUCAGUGCAGCCUAAGACAGCAUAUGCAGUAUCCUCUCAGGCAAAUGCACACAAGAAUGUGAAAUUACAGAAUAAAAAAGUGAUGCAGUGUAAUUCUGCUCGUUCCUGCUCCACAACAAAGCUGAUUCUUGCAACUGGCAAAAAUAUAAAUAAAAAAUUUAAAUUACUGCAUUCUUUCCCAAGGACACCAUGUGUGACUCAGGAUCCACAUUCAACCGAGUGCACUCAAGAAAUGAGGUACAAAGACCUGUAAGCUCAUGGGUUGUUUGUGCAUGUAACAACAAGUCUGUUGUGAAAAAGACUGAAAUGAGGAAAAGGGGGAACUUUCGCAGACUGUGUUAGAAUCUGAUAAUGCAACAUGUGUAUUGCAGAAUGGAUCUCAGACUACGUUCAUUGAUGCUGGUGGUGACUUGCUGGAGAAGAAAUGAAUGCCUUGACAGAUACAUCUGCAGUAAGAGGGGAUACUCAGCAGUUGUCUAAACCAUUGGCACACACAUUUGACAGCUGUUUAUAUGAAGGUUCUUCCUCUCAUACCUUCAAUAACUCUAGCAAUGACGCUGAAAAUAAUUCGCAACAUGAGAGAGUUCCUGGUCAAAUAUUUUCUCGCUUAGGCGUGAAAGUUGAAUUGGUGUCAGUGGAUAACAACGACUGUAACACAUCAGUUAAAAAUGAUACUUUACCAACUUGCAGAUUUGGUAACAACGUUAAGUACAAGAUAAAUAAACCAAAAAAACAUAAAAAUUUAGCAAGUAAAUUUGCUAAAAUAAUGGCAGUUAAACAGUUGCCUAGAAACAAAUUACUCAAGAGGAAAAUUAUGUUCACAGCAUUUCAGAAAACCUCCACAAUUGGCGCACAAAACAUUGUACCAGAUCAGACACGACAGGGAGUUCCUUCUAUAAACGGUGGACAGCCACAACUGCGAGGUAUUUUGAAACCACAGACCAUUACUUUAGAGCAACGGCAAGAUGUGGAACCAGAAGAAGAGGAUCAGUCACAGAAAAUGACUGCAAACAAGCUUCUGGAAUCUGUAGCCAGAUCUCGUGCUUCAGAUUUGGGAGUGGUUUGUGAUGCUAUCCAUUAUUUGAGUAAUGAUUCCACAAAAUCCGAAGAUGGAGAUUAUAUUUGUCGGAGCACUGAUAAUUUUUGCAGUGAUGAUGAGCAGCAAGAGGAACUCAGCAGGGCUCCCACUAGUGACACCUGUAAAACAGUACGUUUUGGACCUGUUUGUAUCAAGGAAUUUGAGAAAGAUACAUUGUCGUCAUCAGGAAAAACAGCAACAAAUUCUAGACCUCCCAUCUUCAGAAGGUUGGGUGCCAGGAGGAAAGGAAUAUAACAGAUUACUGUAUUUGCAGCUCACAAUAUCUAUUUAACGUAUAUCUUCUUGGUGUGUCCAUCUUUAAGAAACCAAUUUAGUAUUCUUUUGUACGUUAUGUUGUAAACAUAGUAUAUUGCAAGAUGAUUGAUGUACAGUGGAUGUAUUAUUUACAGCAGAACUUUUUUCUAAUAAAAAUUAAUAUAUAUUACCAUCAGUUUAUCACCAGAAAAUAUAUAAUCUACCCUGCAGUUUUGUGAA